GUGAAUUAGUUCCUGUAUAAAAUGGAUGAUAUGAUUUCCGUCAGGUGAUAAUGGUAUUCUGAUCGAUGACUUUAGUGUACAUUUAAUGAACGAUGUUUGUGCUUGUGUUUGUGGGUAUGUUUGUUCAUACUGUUUUCUGUAUGCAGUGCAGAUCGCAAACAAAUAAACCAGUAGAUUGGUUCAUAGUGUACAAGAUACCUAAGCUUGGAAGUCAUCCUGAUCCUAUUUUCCAAUCUGGGACGGGAUUCUAUUACAUGGACAAUGAUAAUCCUGAGCUGACACCUUCUGACAGAGGAUUAGAUGUGAAGAAUGAUGCCUUGUUUCAUACACUCGAUCAAAUCUACAAUAACAAGACAGAAGUUGGCUAUUUUAUGUAUAGCGAUCACACACCAGACAAUAGAACAGGCAACGACCCAAGAGGACAUGCAAAAGGAGUUUUGGGAUUUGAACAAUCAGGUGGAUUUUGGAUGAUACAUAGCGCACCACAGUUCCCUCCAUUGAGGUCUGAUGGCUACAAAUGGCAAGAAAAGGCCUCGAAAAAUGGACAGACUUUCCUAUGUUUAUCUUUAGAUUACGGGAUCUUUAAUCGCACAGGAACGGUGUUCAAAUACAUUUUCCCGUAUAUAUACGAUGUUGGCUUCCCUGCAAUGUUCAACAAAGAUUAUCCAAUGUUAAGACUUUUUAGUGUAGACAAAGGUACAAGACAGCUACAUGUCCAAAAGGCACCAUGGUAUGACGUAAUAAAACUGCCAACAAAAGAAGGCGUGAGUUUCUUGAGUUUUUCGAAGUAUGGAAAAUUCGGGAAUGAUUUAUAUGAUGGCUUAUUGUCAAAUGAACUUCAACAGGACUUACUAGUGCAGUCAUGGAUAGCGACACAAAAAACGGCGGGAGAUAAGCUACCUUCAAACUGUUCUAUUCAGUACAAGGUCUACAAUGUCAAUAUAAUGAGGUUUCCGGGCAAGAACAUAGAGUUUACAACAUCUAAAGACCACUCUAAAUGGGUUGUCUCUAAAGACAAUGGGAACUGGUUGUGUAUCGGUGAUAUAAAUAGACAGAAGCCACAGAAAUAUAGAGCUGGUGGGCAAGUUUGUUUUCAGAAUAAAUUUGCUUGGAAUAGUUUCAAAAAGAUUGUCAAAGACUUUGAAGCAUGUUAAGCCUUUGAGUAGUUGUGACAGAUUGACUGAAGUACCUAUAACGUAACAAAGAAGUGAUAGUAUGAAGAA